AUGUUACUUAUUUCAGGAUGGCAUGCAACCCUUCUGGCUCGAGAUGGUGAUGUAUUAAGCGGUAUUCCACGUCAACUAAGUAAACUUCCAAAAGAUGCCACUCAUUUGUUCAUAUCGAUCGGUGGAAAUAAUGCCUUAGGAUAUAUGAUUCAUUUGCAUGAUAGUGUAAAAAAUCUUGGAGAAGCACUGAUAUCAUUACACAAAAUAAAAUCAAAAUUUCAAAAAGUGCGAAAAAAAUGCUUAAAAAUAUGUUGCACAGUAAAAAAUAUUGUGUCGCAUUUUGUGUCGCAGCUCCUGUGA